ACGCGACUGGGAAGCUGGAGAAGUGGGUUCGCUCAUCGGCAGAGGACUUAUCGACGAGAUGGAGAACGAAUCUCGUAACAUCCGCUUCUUCACCAAACUCUACACCUUCGCCCAGAUGCUCGGCAUCUUGUGCGUGGUGUUGGUGGGCGUGUGGAUCGGAAUCUACCGCGGCGGGUUCGGGUGGCAAGCGGAGCCGGCGCUGCAGUUCAACUGGCAUCCGUUCCUCAUGGUCUUAGGAAUGGUAUUUCUCUACGCAAAUGGGGCCCUAGUCUACAGAGGAUUCCGAUCCGAGAAGAAGAAGAAGCUGAAGAUCAUCCACACUCUGGUUCAGCUCGGGACCUUCAUCUUCUCCGUCGUCGGCAUCGUGGCGGUGUUCGACUUCCACAAUGCAAUGGGCAUUCCCAAUAUGUAUAGUCUGCACUCGUGGAUCGGCCUGUGUGUGGUUAUACUAUUCGCCUGUCAGUGGUUGUCGGGCCUUCUGACGUUCCUUUUCCCAGGCUUGCGACCUUCUGUUAGGGCUGCUUAUUUGCCUGUACAUCAGUUUUUUGGACUUGCAAUAUUUAUUGGCUCAGUAGCUUCCUGUCUUUUAGGCUUGACAGAAAAGGCAUUCUUUUCAAUGCCAGUCUCAAACCCAAAAGGAUACAACCACUUCCCACCUGAGGGGAUCUUAAUCAACGUCAUUGGCAUUUUGCUGAUUUUCUUCGCUGGGUUGGUGGUGUAUCUGAUGUCCAACUCGCAGUUUCGCCGGCAGACUUCUGAAGAUGAGACUUUGCCUGUAACUGAGUACUGACACCUGCAUUGGAGCCAGAGAACUGCAUGCCAUCCAUUGUUCUGUCUGCUGUAUUGUCAUGUUCAUAGUUUCCUAAAAUGUUAUCAUUAUUAUCAUUGAUAUUCUUAGUUAUUAUUAUUAUUAAUGUUAUCGAUAUUGAUGAUAUCGUUAUCAAUAUUAAGAAUAUUGUUAUUAUUCUUAUAUCAUUAUUAUUAUUCCUGUGCCUGUGGCUGUUAUUAUUAUUACUACUAUUUCUAUUACUGCUGGUAAGGUACUACUACUAUAACUGUUAUUACUGUUAUUAUCACUAUUAUUAGUAUUGUUUUGGUCUAAUGUUUUCUAUGCAGUGUGGUUCCCACUUGUGUUAUUUGAAAAAGGUUUCAAUUUUCUUAUGCAAAUAUAUUUAGUACUGUGUAAACCAAUGAUUAUUAAUAUAAUACACAAGACCAGUCUUGUGGGAAACCGUAUUAGAAUCCUUACUUUUUUAUGAAUCAAUUAAGUAAAAGAUGUAAAGAUUUUGCUGCUACUAUGAAUGAAAAGGCAUAAAAAAUUCCCUCAUCCUCAAAGAAUGAUCAUAUAUAUGUACGGAGGGGAUAGUAACUAAAAAUGAAAGCAAACAUUCUUCAAAGGAUUUACUCAAAAUAGUAGGUAUUCAGCCUUUCCUUUCUAUUUAAUUUCAAUCACAUUGAAUGAAGUUCUGCAUAUAGUUUUAAAGAGCUCGGAUAUAACACACAAUGUUAUGUACAGUAGCAAAUAUUUAUGUAUCCUGAAUGUUACUAACUAAAUAUCUUUUUUAGACAGGCUACUAUAAAGGCCAAUGUAUUAUUCCUGUAGUGAGUGAAAUACAGUAACUAGAUUGUAAUUUUAAAGUAAUUAUAAUUUUAAUAGAACCGUCUUUCAGGCUGUAUUUUAGGGAACAAAGUGAGUGUGUGAUAACCAGAAUAUUACAUAACAGAGUAUUGUGAAGUAUGAAUAGAAAAGGAGGUUUAUUGUGCCUAAAGAUAUAUUUUAAAUGGUUGUAGUUUGUCAUUAAACACUAAAGGUCACAUGCAAAAGAUAACAUUAUGUAGACUAAUGUAGUUUCUGUUUAUUAUUUAUGUCCUAUUGUGAUUCAAUACUAAAUGUGUACUUUUUCCAUAGUGAGCUGUAUUUUUUUUUCUUUCCUUUUAAAGGUAUAUAUUUCUAAAAUACAUAUAAAUUCACCUUCAUUCUCAUAGAUGUUGAAAAUUACAUGUGCAUGCCAUAAAGUAUAUGUUGAUUCCA